GGUCCUUCCAUCCCCCCUUCAUCCCUCCGUCCUCACCCCUGUAGCCUCCAGCGGCUCCUCUCUCCUCCUAUAAGCCCGGAUCACCUGCUCGGUGGUCGGUGGUCAGCUUUGGACCGUGGAGUCCCGGGUUUCUCGGCUCGGCGCCCUCCUCCAGGGGUUAGGAGGAGCGCCGGGGGCAUCCUCGAGGUUUCUGCCGGGCUUCGUGUCAACCGCCAGCGAGAGCCAUGGCUCAGAGCGCCGGGAAAGACGAGGCUCGACCCGCUCCCGGAUGCCCGUGAUGCGGGGUCUGAUCGCGCCACAGAACACCUUUUUGGAUACUAUCGCCACUCGUUUUGAUGGCACCCACAGCAACUUCGUCCUGGGGAAUGCUCAGGUCCAGUCUCUCUAUCCCAUUGUCUACUGCUCCGAUGGCUUCUGCGAACUGACCGGCUUUGCCCGCGGCGAGCUGAUGCAGAAGAGCUGCAUGUGUCACUUUCUGUACGGGAGUGAGACCAGCAACCCUCUCACCACACAGAUGCAAAAAGCUUUGGAUGAACGCCGGGAGUUCAAGACUGAAAUCAUUCUGUACAAGAAGAGCGGCUCUAAGUUCUGGUGUCUGUUGGACAUUGUUCCCAUCAAGAACGAGAAGGGCGAGGUGGUUCUGUUCCUGGUCUCACAUAAGGACAUCACAGAAAACAAGGACCAGGACCGUGACAAUGAAUCUGACAUUGAUGAGGAAACUGGUCUGGAGAUUCGCCAGAUCAGCUGCCCCUCAGGCUGUAACAUGGAGCGCCGGCGCAGUCGGGCUGUCCUCUAUCAGCUGUCGGGACACCUGCAGAAACAGGACAAAACCAAGAGCAAGCUGAAGAUCAACAAUAGCGUUCUCGGAGCCAAUGCGAACCCUGUCCCCGAGUAUAAGGUGGCCGAUGUCCAAAAAUCCCGUUUCAUCCUCCUUCACUACGGUGCAUUCAAGGCCGGCUGGGAUUGGCUGAUCUUGUUGGCCACUUUCUACGUGGCCAUCACAGUUCCCUAUAACGUUUGCUUCACAGCUGUGGAAAUACGAGAGGACGGCGGCUCGGCAGCGCGAAACCCACCGAGUGUCAGCGAUAUCUUGGUGGAGAUACUUUUUAUCAUUGAUAUCGUGUUGAACUUCCGAACAACUUACGUGAGCACGUCGGGUCAGGUGGUCUACGACGCCCGUUCUAUAUAUAUUCACUACGUCACGUCCUGGCUGUCUGUGGAUCUGAUUGCCGCCUUGCCCUUUGACCUGCUCUAUGCCUUCAAUAUCAGUGUGAACUUCGGCGUUCACAUGCUGAAGACGGUGCGCCUGCUACGCCUUUUACGCCUCCUGCAGAAGCUGGAUCGUUACUCCCAGUACAGCGCUGUGGUCCUCACACUGCUCAUGUCCACCUUUGCACUGCUGGCCCACUGGAUGGCCUGCGUGUGGUACUUCAUUGGGCGCAGCGAGAUCGAAAGUAAUAGCCUCACCUCUUGGGAUAUAGGCUGGCUCCAUGAACUGGCCAAACGCUUGGGAACGCCAUACUUUAUGGCACCGCUGACCUCCCUGCUGGGAGUCUCUGAAUCGCCUCAAGACACUGUGACAGCAGGACUAAGCAAUUACAGCCAGUGGAACGGCUCUAGUUUGGAGCCACUGAACGGGGCGAGCGUGUUGGAUUCAGGCCAGUGGAAUGGCAGCAAGACCAGAGUGAGGGCACCGAAUGGCUCAGGGAUGACAGUGAGCGGCGGACCGUCUGUCAGGAGCUCCUACGUGACAUCACUCUACUUUGCCCUGAGCAGUCUGACCAGUGUGGGCUUUGGCAACGUUUCGGCCAACACGGACUCUGAGAAGAUCUUCUCCAUCUGCACCAUGCUGAUCGGAGCAUUAAUGCAUGCUGUGGUUUUUGGUAACGUGACCGCCAUCAUCCAGAGGAUGUACUCACGUCGCUCCCUCUACCACACCCGCACCAAGGACCUGAAGGACUUUAUUCGUGUGCACAGGUUACCCAAGGUGCUGGAGCAACGCAUGAUGGAGUGUUUCCAGACAACCUGGUCUGUCAACAACGGUAUUGAUGUCAGUGAGCUGCUGAAGGACUUCCCGGAUGAGCUCAGAGCCGACAUCGCGAUGCACUUGAAUAAAGAGCUGCUGCAGCUGUCGCUCUUUGAAUCGGCCAGCAGGGGGUGUCUGCGCUCCCUCUCCCUGAUCAUCAAGACCUCCUUUUGCGCUCCGGGGGAGUUCCUCAUCCGCCAGGGUGACGCGCUCCAGGCUAUCUACUUUGUAUGCUCCGGCUCCAUGGAAGUCCUGAAGGACAACACUGUGCUGGCCAUUUUAGGUCGCGGUGACUUGAUUGGCUCUGACUGUCUGACACAGGAGGAAGUUAUAAAGACCAACGCCUGUGUGAAAGCAUUAACCUACUGUGAUCUGCAGUACAUCAGCCUCAAAGGGCUGCGUGAGGUGCUCUGCCUCUAUCCCGAUUACGCUCAGAAGUUCAUCACGGAAAUCCGGAACGAUCUGACGUACAAUCUACGAGAAGGGCACAACACUGAGGGAGACUGUGAGAGUAAUGGAGGAAUCAUGAAAAAGCUUCCUUCCAUUAAGGAAGAUGAGGAGGGCUCAGGGUCCGAGGGCGAACGCUCCCCUCUGCCCAAGAUGUCAUCCCUUGGCAGGCUGGGCCGCGGCCUGCGUUCCCCCCUCCGCUCCCCUCUUCGCUCCCCGCUUCUGCCGCCGAGGCCCCUCCGGCCAGCAAGUGAUCCCGUCCGGCCCUCCAGCCUGCAGAUCCCUGUUGUGAGCUUCAGCUGCCUGCAGCCGGACCUCAGCCCUCGGUUUGUGGAUGGGAUCGAGACAGAAAACCAGAGCGGUUCAAUUCCGAGAUUUGAUUUUUCUCCCAGUGCAACCCAGAGCUUUCUGCCCGGCCCGGAUUCAGCCACCUCAGCUCAGUGGGUAUCAGACUUCUGA